CAGCUGAUUAAGCUAAAUUUAAAUUUUCCAUUCGCAACCGGUUAAUGUAAACAUCUAAUUGUUUGUGUAUUAUUUAGCCAUAUAAACUAUGUACAACAUUUAAAUUGUUUAUUAACCAUGUAGGAAAACGCACCUCCGAAAGAAACGUAUAUUUGCCUUCCUGUCCCUUCAUAGAGUAUAAUGGCUGUGAGAUGGAGCUUAGAAUUUGUGACUGCUCUCGAACAUCGAGAUUUACAAGCCAGUGCAAUGGCAGUGGACAGCACCGGUACAUACGUCAUAUUGGCUGGCCGCAGAUAUAUUGCUGUUAAAAAUCUCGACGAUUCCGAUUUUGAAAGUAUCCGCAAAUUUUCUAGGCAAAGUAAGUACGAUGUUAAUGCAGCUGAAUGGAACCCCACCAUGCAUCACAGUGAAUUGUGCGUUAUUUCGAGUAAUCAACAUUUGGAGAUUUUAACAUGGUCAGUAGGCGAACUCGCACCAACCCAUCUGAUGCGUGCCCAUACUAGGGUCAUUACGGACUUGAAUUGGCACAGAUCAAAUCCCAAUUUACUGGCAUCAGCUUCAAUCGAUACGUUUAUUCACAUAUGGGAUAUAAGAGACUCUAGAAAACCUGCACUUUCGCUAUCGGCUAUCGCGGAAGCUUCACAAGUGCAGUGGAAUCAAACGGCACCUCAUAUUUUGGCUACUGCUCACGAUGGCGAUAUUAAAAUUUGGGAUCAGAGAAAAGGCAACUCUCCUGUUCAAUACAUAACGGCACAUUUAUCGAAGAUUCACGGUCUACACUGGAACCCGCAAGUAGAAACUCAAAUAGCGACAUCAAGUCAGGAUAAUACAGUAAAAUUUUUUGAUAUAAAUAAUCCGAGAAGAGCAGAGUUUGUUUUAAUGACUAACGCACCAGUUUGGCGUGCUAGAUACACUCCAUUUGGAAAUGGUUUAAUUACGGUAGUUGUUCCUCAGUUAAGACGCGGAGAAAAUAGUUUAUUACUAUGGAAUACUGACAGUCGAUCGUCGCCCGUUCAUACGUUUGUGGGGCACAAAGAUGUCGUAUUAGAAUUUGAAUGGCGCAAGCAGAAAGCAGGUGACAACGAUUUUCAACUAGUAACGUGGUCAAGAGAUCAGACCUUGUUAGUGUGGCGCAUCGAACCGUUCUUGCAGAAGUUGUGUGGUUACGAUCCUGAUAAUUGCAGAAAGUCGGACUGUAAUGAGAAUGAAACCAGCGAUACUGCAUCUGAAGUAAGCUUUAAGGCUGUUUCGAAAGCGAAACCUUUGCAGCAGGAAUUCUCGCUAUUAAAUGUGCAAAUACCCAACUUGAAAGUGGACAAGAUGGAUCCUGUAAAACGUUGUUGCAUUGUAACUGCGAGCACCAAUAAUUAUAAAGUUGUUCUCCAUGUAAAUUUUCCCCAAACAUACCCUAAUGGCAUCCCUCCAACAUUCGAAAUCGGGCCAGAUUCGUCAAUUGAAGAGUUUUUAUCCAAACGUAUUAUUCAAUCUCUACUGUACACAGCACAACAACGGGUGUCUAAGGGACGUACAUGCUUAGAACCCUGUCUGCGCCAAUUUGCGACGAUGCUAGAACAGUGGGUGGAUUCGUCGAAUGUAACACAACUCCAUCAGCAGCCCUAUUUAGAACCGGAAAUAAUAGGCGCCUUUAAUGAUGCCUGCAUACCAUUUCCGAGAACGUCGGGUGCAAAAUUUUGUUCGGUUAGUACUUUAGUGUGUUUUGGUCGUCAAUUGCACACUCGUCGAGUUACUCCAAAAAUCGAUUCGGUUACUCCUCGGGCGUUAUCCGCUUUAGGUAACGCGAAUCGUCGUGGAAAUGAACAGUUGACCGUAAUUUCGCAUUACAUUCACAAGCAAAGACUGAGACUGAAACAAACCAAUCGAUCUCUUAAGUGUGUUAUUACCGUUUAUGAUGCGGCUGGAUUAUUUACUGUGAAUAGACAUUUAGCUGAAAAGUAUAUGCUUGAUGGAAAUGUAGAGAGGAUUUGUAAACAUAAUGCGUCAAUGGCGGAGUCGGUCGGGAGAUGGGAUUUAGUACAGGCGUGGACACUUGCUGGUUUAAUUAUUAAAACUCAUCAAGUCGACCAAGAUGAUAUGUUGGAGCAUCCGUUUGGAAAUCAACUAAUACAGUCUCUAAUAAGUCAUUAUGCCAACAACUCUGACGUUCAGACUGCCGCCAUGCUGUCGUGCGUAUUCGGUAAAGGUCAAGAGGAGAAGUAUCGAAGGAAAUCGUUUUUGAAAUACUUUCCAAUGACACAACUUGCAUCUGGAAAAAAAUGGCUUAAGGCUGGUGGAUCUCCAUAUCAUACAAUUCCUCCUGCUGACGUCGUCGCCGACGGCUGGGUAUUUCCAUUACUUAGGGUGGCCAGAUCCAACUCCUUGGACAACUUAAAAAUUGAAGCUUUGCCAAAUUUGCCAUUCGAAAAACCGCCCAUUAGCUCCUUUUACGAAUACUAUAAGCUCGCGUAUGCGGAAAUGUUACACCGCUGGGGUCUGCUAUACAAUCGAGCGGAAAUUUUAAAGUAUUUGUGCACGCCGACUGAAAACCACAAGGGAGUCGAAUUUCUCACAGAUUGUCAAAAGUGUAAGGAGCCAUCUCGCACGACCAGCUGCAUAACGUGCAAACGCGUUUCUUUGGAAUGCAUUAUUUGUCAUACCUCUGUGAGAGGGUCGGCGAAUUGUUGUCUUGUGUGCGGGCACGGUGGUCAUACUAAACACAUGAGGCAGUGGUUUGAGAAAUAUUCAAUUUGCGCUACGGGCUGUGGAUGUAGGUGUCUUACUGAGGCUUUAGGGAUGUUUAACUUUUAGGAGAGCAGGAAAUAUGGGCAUGAAUUUACUUAUUGUUUUGUAUUUCAAUUCAAUUUUGAAUGUUCAAAUGAUUAUCAGUAUCAGUUUACAUCCAACAAAAAAUUUACUAAGUAUUCCACCCUGUUAAUCAAUACUUAAAGAGUGUGACGAGAGUGUAUUGUAUAAUGUAGAAUAGAAACUUUGUUACAAAA